AUGCCGAACAUCGUGGUUGUCGGGGCUGGCGUGUCUGGCUUGACCACAGCCCUGUUGCUCUCCAAGAACCCAGCGUACAGCGUGACCAUUGUCGCCAAACAUAUGCCUGGGGACUAUGACAUCGAAUACACGUCGCCCUGGGCUGGAGCAAAUUAUCUGCCUGUGGCCCCUGAGUCAGGCAAUAGGUGGGAGAAAAAUACAUGGCCUGAACUCGCCCGUCUUGCAAAAGAUGUUCCAGAAGCAGGCAUACAUUUCCAAAACACCGUUAGCUAUUCUCGCAAGAAAGACACAGAUACCGUCACCGGCCAAUGGAUGAAAGAGCUCAAUUCCACAACCCCUUGGUUCAAAGAUGUAGUCCCCGAUUUUCGGGUGCUCCCAGAGUCAGAGCUCCCGGCUGGAGUUGAUUCUGGCACGGCGUUCACGUCAGUGUGCAUCAACGUUGCAGUCUACCUCCCCUACCUCAUCAGCCAAUGUUUGAAGAAUGGCGCUGUCCUCCAACGCGCAGUACUGACCCACAUCUCCGAAGCUGCAGAUCUGCACCACUCAGGCGCAAAAGCAGACGUGGUUGUCAAUUGCACAGGUCUUCUGGCCUCUAAACUCGGAGGCGUGAUGGACAAGGAGGUUAUUCCCGUUCGCGGCCAGAUUGUUGUCGUGCGCAAUGAUCCCGGAGUCAUGUUGACUGUUUCUGGCACUGAUGAUGGCGAGGAUGAGGUCCUCUACAUCAUGAAACGAGCGGCGGGUGGUGGGACUAUUCUUGGUGGGACUUAUCAGAAGGGAAAAUGGGAAUCCCAGCCAGAUCCCAACCAAGCCUUGCGGAUUAUGAAGAGAGCCGUUGAGCUUUGUCCCGCUUUGACUGGAGGCAAAGGUAUUGAAGCACUGAGUGUUAUUCGGCAUGCUGUUGGAUUGCGCCCCUUGAGACUGAGUGGUGUCAGGAUUGAGAAGGAAAAGAUUGGGUCGACGUGGGUUGUGCAUAAUUAUGGCCAUGGGGGCUGGGGAUACCAAGCUUCAUAUGGAUGCUCAGAGGGAGCUAAGGAGCUGGUAGAUGAAGUUUUGGCUCCAAAGUCGAAGCUGUGA